AUGGUGGCCGCGGUUCAAGCUCGGGUUCCCUGGAAGCCACCGGCGAGGGAGAAGGUUGCGGCGGAGGUGAUGCCGGGUGCGCUGCCUUCACCGGCGGCGGCUGAGGAGGGGCUGUCGGACCUGGAGACGGCGUCCUCCACGGGGGCGCCCAACUCGAGCAUCAGCUCCGCCAGCAGCGCCGGCAGCGUCGCGCGCUGCUCCAGCCUCUCGCGCCUCUCCUUCGACUGCACCCCGUCCGCGGCCGUCGCGGCGGCGGCCUCCUGCUCGCCGCGCCCCGUCGCGCCGCUCCGUCCUCACCGUUCAGGCGACGUGGCGUGGGCGGCCAUCCGCGCGUUCUCGGCGUCCUCCUCCACCCCGGCGACCCCGCUCGGCCCGGCGGACUUCAAGCUGGUGCGCCGCGUCGGCGCCGGCGACAUCGGCACGGUGUACCUGUGCCGCCUCCGCGCCGCCACCCCGGAGGAGGAGGACUCGAGCCCGUCGACCUGCCUGUACGCGAUGAAGGUGGUGGACCGCCGCCUCGUCGCCAAGAAGCGCAAGCUGGAGCGGGCGGCCGCCGAGCGCCGCAUCCUGCGGCUGCUUGACCACCCGUUCCUCCCCACGCUCUUCGCCGACUUCGACGCCGCGCCGCGCUUCUCCUGCGUCGUCACCGAGUUCUGCCCCGGCGGGGACCUCCACUCGCUCCGCCACCGCAUGCCGUCGCGACGCUUCCCGCCCGUGUCCGCGAGGUUCUACGCCGCCGAGGUGCUGCUCGCGCUCGAGUACCUCCACAUGAUGGGCGUCGUGUACCGCGACCUCAAGCCGGAGAACGUGCUCAUCAGGGCCGACGGCCACAUCAUGCUCACCGACUUCGACCUCUCGCUCGAGUCCACCUCCUCGCCGUCCCUGGUGCUUCCGGCACCAGUCGCUGACGAUGACGAAGAAGAACCGAGCGCCGCGUCCUGCUUCCCGUUGCGGUUCAGGCGGCGACAGAGGCGUCCUCGCCGUUGCGCGGCGCCGUCGCCCCCGCGGUUCGUGGCGGAGCCGGUGGCCGCGCGGUCGAGCUCCUUCGUCGGGACGCACGAGUACGUGGCGCCGGAGGUCGCCAGCGGCGGCGCGCACGGCGCCGCCGUGGACUGGUGGGCCUACGGUGUGUUCCUCUACGAGCUCCUCCACGGCCGCACCCCGUUCGCCGGCGCCACCAAUGAGGAGACGCUCCGGAACAUCGUGCGCUCCCCGCUCGCCUUCCCCGUCUCCACCAGCGGCUCCGCCAUCAGCACCGACAUGGCCACUGCGAAGGACCUCAUCACGCGCCUCCUCCACAAGGACCCCGCCGCCCGCCUCGGGUCACUGCGCGGCGCCGCGGACGUGAAGGCCCACCCCUUCUUCAAGAACCUCAACUUCGCGCUCCUCCGUUCCUCCCGGCCGCCCGUCGUCCCCGGCGCGCCGAUGCACCGGUCACAGUCCUGCAAGGCGCCGGCGUCGCGCAAGCCGGACCCCCGCUUCGACCUGUUCUGA